AAAUGUUUAUAUGAACAGGUGUAUUCACUACAGAAGUAUCAUUGAUGAUGGGCGUCUCACAGAUAUCUUUAAUUCUACUGUUAGUAGCAUGGAGCGUACAGGGUUUCACGCCUGAGAUAGGAGCUCAAGAGCCCGAUACCCGAGUGGUGGCUGGCCAAGACGCACCCGAAGGCCUUGUGCCACACCAAGUCGCUCUGAAAAGAAAAAAAAACGGCUGGACUUUCUGCGGUGCCGCUGUCAUCUCCGACAGAUGGUUACUGACAGCUGCCCAUUGUGUCUUAAGUCUUAAACCAUCCGAAUUUACCGCUGUAGUUGGUACAUUAUCGAGAACGAAAGGUGGUACAACGUAUGAAAUAAGCAAAGUCAUUGCUCACAAAGAAUAUAACAAGCCAAAUCAAUUCGGCAACGAUAUUGCUGUUAUAAGUACGAAAGAGACCAUCGAAUUCAAUAAAAAGGUUCAGGCCCUGCCAUUACCGAAACAGGAUAUCAAGUCUGGAUUGUGGUGUAUAGUGAGCGGCUGGGGUAAACUUGGCCUUGGUUGGUCAUCGCCUGACAAAUUGCAGUAUCUGUAUGUAAAAUCUUUAACGAGCGAUCAGUGUAGUAAGAAGUUGAAAGGACGCAAAGCCAUUAUUACGUCCAGCCAGAUGUGUACCCUUAAACAAGAUGGACAAGGAACAUGCCAAGGAGAUUCAGGCGGCAGCUUAGUGUGCAACGGCGCCUCAGCCGGUAUCGUGUCCUACAACUGGCCCUGCGCUCUUGGUAUCCCUGAUGUGUACACAAACACGUUCAUGUACAUUCCCUGGAUAGAAGAAAAUACUAAAUCACCCUAAGCAUUGUCAUUUAUAAAAUGUUUUAAAUUUCGUCGCACAAAUUAA